GGCCAGGCUGGUACUUGUGGCGCCCAGGCCGCCGGGGCGCGCUCCGUAGGCUCCUGUCAGCGGCGAGCGCGGCCGAUCCCAGGGCGGCCCUCGGGCGGCGAUCGCUGCCUCCGGCUUCGCGGCUUGGCCCCUCCGGCGGCCGUCCCGGGCGGCGGGAGUUGGCGGCGGGAUGUGCUCGGCCGGGGAGCUGCUUAGCGGCGGCGGCGGCGGAGAGCGCGACGAGGACGGGGACGCGCUGGCGGAGCAGGCGGCGGCGGCGGGGACCGAGCCGGAGCCCGGGGCGAGCCCGCGGCGGCGCGACCGGCGGCCGCAGGAGGAGCAAGAGCAGGAUAUUGAAGAAUCACAAAACGCCACUGGCGAGCCUGUUGGAGAUGACUACAAAAAGAUGGGAACACUUUUUGGUGAACUGAACAAAAGCCUCAUCGACAUGGGCUUCACAAGGAUGUAUUUUGGAGAACAAAUUGUAGAACCAGUAAUAGUCAUUUUCUUUUGGCUUAUGCUGUGGUUCCUUGGCCUACCAGCCCUUGGACUAGUUGCUAUUCUUUGCCUUGUCAUUAUUUAUGUGCAACAGUAAAAUAUGGCCGAAUGAACU